CAAAAACGUAUCUACCAAGCACCGUUGCGUGAAACGAUGAACGUAGUCGACAACAUCAUAUGAUUCUUGUUUAUUCGUCAUAAUUUAAUUAUGUGUAUUCUUAGUUAGUCAUCAAGUGAUAAGCUAAAAUAAUAUUUAGAAGCGUUUGACCAACUUUUGUUAAUAAAUUCAUUCCUGUUUGACGCCCCUGUCCAUGUUCGUUACAGUUUUUGCGCUGAUUACUGUAGCUACAGUAGCUAUGUCUGCUCCAGCACCUACAUCCGAUUUGCUUCUUGAACCCGUGGAUGUUCAACAAUUAUGGGCUGAUUGGAAAGUCCAGCAUAACAAAAAUUAUGAUACGCCUGAAGAAGAAUCGAAAAGGUUUGGAAUUUUCCAAGAAAACGUUAAGAAAGUGACCGCUCACAAUAAAGAAUAUCAAGCUGGAAAAGUGACUUGGACUCAAGGUCUCAACCAAUUCGCUGACAAAAAUCAAGAGGAAUUCGCCAAGACUUAUUUGGGACUUAGAAGGCCUGAUUCUACUAAAUCUUCAGGAGCCCAAUAAUGAUGAUGCUCUAAUAAUUAUUUUAACACUUUAGAAUUUUUAAUAUAUUUAUGUAUUAACA